AUGUCAACCUCGCAAUCAGUGAGCUCGUGGAACAUUAUAUCGCUCAGGUGUGGCCACGAAGAGGCUAUCCUUUUAAUUGUCGAUUCUGCACGCAGUGGCAAGUCUUCGACUACCAAAGCCCUUUCAACCUCAACUGACUCGGUUCCAUUCAUGGGCAGCACCCUUAGACUUCUGACUUCCGAGUUGCAUUUGACUGAACCGCUUAAGGUGUUUAUUGUCAAUGUUGCUGGCGUUGUUAACACGCCAUUUCCGACAAGAAGCUUUCGUUUAAUCAGAGUGACAUCCGAGCCACUGGCCAAAAAUGCGUAAGUUUCGACGUUUCCUGUCGGAGUUGCCAACUUGACAGGAAUAACCCCCAGUCGUGAUGGUACAUGCGUAAUUCCAGUCAGGGCACAAAGCCCUUCAUCAUGCAAUGUUUGUUGAUUAUUUUCCGACGAUAUUACAUGCAAAGGCGUAUGAUGUCGUUUUUUUGCACCCGGAAUGACCGCAAAGUUCUCUGGAACUGCACACCUUGGCAAAAUGCGUAUUACCAAGACAAACAAAACACGCUUUGUGUUGUCGCGGACAAUUCCAUCGACCUGCGACACCCAUUGCAAUUAAACGUGGGCAAUUUGCCACUUCAUGUGCAUUAGAACAUAUGUAACAUGGCCGUUGAUCUGGUUCGACACUCGAAAUGGCAAAAUUGUUAGGGUUCUCCCGUUUUUGAUGUUGGGCCGUGGCAGUAAAAGGCUGUUGAGAGCGCUUGCCAUCCCCAUCUCGAGAUAUUUGUCCGAAACGACUUCUUGCUAUCCUAGCUCGAGUAUUUACGAAUUCCAUGAGGUCUGCAAAAUCCGGAUCUCUACCAUUCAUAGAUAUUUUAACAGCAACUUCAGCCCAUUGAAUCUGCAUAAAAAACAGCAAACAGCGCACUAUUCGCUCUAGGACAUUCAGCGAUUGUAGGUCGGAAACGUAGUUCAUUUGCGUGAGCGCUAUUUCACAACUUCUCAUUUUUAUGCACAAAUCUGAAAGUGCCUUCGCAGUCUGGUUAACUUGGCGUGCCUGUCUGAAAACACCGUCCAGAAGAGCAUUAGCCACUACAUGUGGCUGGCCAAAUAAGCUGCUCAAUAUUUCCCGAGCUCUUGAAUAAGCCGAAGGUGAGGGAAGCAUGACGCAUUCUUCUAUGGCCGCUCUCGCAUCCCCUCUGCAAUAGUGAAUCAAGUACAGCAGCCUCUGUCCAGCAUCUUCAACUUUGCUCUCUACGUACACUUCAAACUGUCGUAUAAACUUCCAAUAAUGAACUGGGUUCCCGUCAAACCAUGACAACUCAACCUUGGGCAGUUCUAAACUGGCAGCUGGCAGGCUCCUAGCGCUUGCUUUGGGCAUAUCAACAUUCUCACGUUGGCAAUGAUUACUCUCUUCAGGAGAAAUUUCAUCCAAUGUGCAUUGUUUCAAAUAUUCUGAGACAUGCGCGACGGAAUCCACGGGUUGACGGUCGUCAUCGGACAUCUCUUCAUUGGUCUCUACCUCUAUCCUUGCUAGCUCUGUCCUUUUUUCUGCGUCAAAAAUAGCCCGUUGGAGUUCGACCUCACGUUUAACUCGCCUCUCUUCUAUUUCGGCUAUUUUUAAAGCUCUAACUGUUUUACUAGAGCUACGACUACUAAUAGAAACGUUCUUACAAGAGCCGGACUGUACGUCUUUCUUCAGCUCUCCUUGUCCUUCGAAGGCACCUGGUUUGUCUAGUCCGAGAGACUGUUGCGUACCGUCCGAUUCAUUCUUCAUGGAACGCGUCUGCAUUUGAUGAAAUUAAUUUCCUCCAAUUUCUGGUAGGAUGUUGAGUACUGUGGAAUUCUUUGCCGGCAAAGUGACGCGUAUAAGCCAAAACAGAUUUCGGUGUUUAUACGGUACUAUUGAUAGAAUAAAUUAAUAAUGAAAAAACGUACAAACCUCAACAAUGGAUACCCUGGACAAAGAAUUCCUUUGUUAUUGUUCGAGCAGAUCGAAUUCCCAGCUCAAGGUCAGAAUACAAAACUAGUUAAUCAAAAGAACGCCGAUCGCGCUCAAAAAAGGUUACAAACGGGGAAGGGGAAUGUCAAUAGGGGCCAAAUGUGGAAGCACUUGAGAGGAGGGCGUGGAGAAUUUCAAGCGUUGACCAGCUGGAUACAACAGACUUAUAAGUAACACCGAAAGCUCUUACUGCUAUCUGCGAAAGGAGGGUCGUUGGAGUUUUGAGCAUUGCCAUAUGAAUUUAGUAGGCCUAUGUUCUCUAGCCCACGCUUCAGUGCGACAAAAGAAAUCAGUAUAAAAACAAACAGCGACUGUGGCUACAAUAUGUCGGGCUUAAAUGUCCAAAAUAUUUGCCGGAUAUAAGAAACCGCUCAAUGGAUGCCGCAAUCAGAUGCGAAUUUUUAGUACUCCCUCAAGUCGUAAGCUAGGAGAAUAAGAUAUUGCAUACAUUCGGGUAACUCCGCAGCAGGACGCAGAGAAGGGUCGCAAUUCUGCAUCAAGUGGAUGCAUUUGUCAGAGAACUACCGCAUGUACCACAAAAAGGUAAAGGUCUAUUCACAUUAUUUCAGUCGGCAUUUCCGUUGGAACCACAGUAGUCAACUUAGAUAAUAAAACGGAACUGAAAUCUGUCAUCUUCGUUACCAUCUCCUUUUCUGUCCAAAGGAGCAAUCUGGCUGUCGGUAGAAUUAAACCAAGCACACACGCUCUACUGGAUACAAAACCUGGACUGAUUCUGAAAGAAUGUUACAUAGAGGCGAAUGUCCUCCAUUUAAUUCUCCCAAAUUUUUCAUUGGCACAGGUAAAUAUCGAAAUGAUGUAUUCAGCGGGUAGGCUCGUACAAAUUUCUCAUCACGAAAUCAUCGGUGGUCUGAAAGAAGCGUCAGACUAUUAUUUCGCAAGAGUGGAGGACUGCAGUCGUCCAUCUACUCAACAGUGGCAAAUUUCAGACCGGUCAGCCAAUAGUUACAAAAGCAGUCAUUUCAAUCCUACUGAAACCAUCUAGGUCACGUAUUUAUUUUCAUAUUGAUUUUUUAUCCCCAGUACCCUCUCGGGUGUUCAAAACGAUGCAUGCUAUUCGCAGACACAUUGAAAUGAACUGAAUUCCAUACGCAAAUGCCUACAUGAAACCGGUUGAUCGUGAGCUAAUUGAAUUCGCAAUAAGCUACUGGACCUCACACUCGAUCUCCCUCUGGCGCAACAUGUGAAGGUACCAACAAGAUUUCGAGAGAACCAGAGAGCAAAUUGUCUAGACCUAGUUUUCACUAAAGACUUCUCUAAUAUCGACGAAGUGUAUUCCAAUGCACCUCUCGGGUAAAGUGACCAUACUACGCUUCUUUGGGAUUACUCGCUCUUCUCUAAACGCCAGAAGAGAACAGAGGGCCAACCUAAUAUAUGGAAGGCAGAUUUAAAUAUGAUGAAGAACAAAUUGCUGUCCGUGAAUUGGGACCAAAUACUCAGGGGAGAUCCGGAGGACGACUGGAGAUCUUUUAAAACGAUUUCACUCGAUCUGAUUAGGCGCUGUUGUCCACCUAAAGUACAAAAAACAACUAGUCGACCUGCUUGGUUAACUAGGGACCUAAAUAGGCAGUUACGGAAGAAAAGCAAAAGAUGGAAAAUAUUCAGGGAAACUACGUCACCAGCGCAUUUCGAAGAAUUUCGUCGUCAACGAAAUGCCGUCAAAAAAUAAAUCCGUCAGGCACGGAAGGAGUAUGAAUCCAAAAUUAUCCCACAGGCUGAACAGAAACCUAAGAUUUUAUUUCACUAUCUGAACGGUAGACUGAAAAAUAAGGACCCGGUCGCGGUGCUGAAGGAUGAUAAUGGUGUAGAGAUCAUUGAGAACAACGAGAAAGCCGAACACUUAGGACAGUAUUUUGCCUCCGUUUUUACUAGAGAAACAGAGUUUCGCUGUCGCAGUGCCGGCAAUGCUCUUGAGACUGUUGGUCCCGUGCUUGACUCCAUACUCUUCCCGGCAGCUGCCGUGGAAAGGGAGCUGAAAAAUCUCAAAGAAGCAAAGUCCUCGGGUCCGGACAAUAUACCGGCCAAAUUCUUGAAGGAACUGGCGAAUGAACUUUCCAAACCACUGGCGCACAUCUUCCGCUCGUCAUUCGAAUUAGGGAGGUUGCCAUCGGAAUGGAAGACAGCAAAUAUCUUUCCGAUAUACAAGGGUGGGGCUCGCACUAAUGCUAACAAUUACCGGCCUGUUAGUCUAACCUGCAUCUGCUGUAAAAUAAUGGAGGCCAUAGUUAAGAAAGCAACUAUGGAGUUCCUGGAGCAGGGCCAUUUAAUCUCAGACCUGCAGCACGGCUUUAGACAGAACCGCUCGUGCCUUUCCAGUUUAUUGCUCUCGACGGAGCAGUGGACUCGCGAACUGGACGAGGAUUGUAGGGUUGAUGUCAUAUACACAGACUUUAAGAAGGCGUUCGACAGCGUCCCACACAAACGCCUAAUCUACAAACUUUCUGAAAUUGGGAUAAGAGGAAAGCUGCUGGCAUGGAUAACAGAUUUUCUUACCGGGAGAUCAAAAACCGUGUGCAUUGAGGCCUCAAGGUCAACUCCUACUCCCGUUCUAAGCGGUGUAUCCCAGGGCUCCGUCUUAGGGCCGUUGCUAUUCCUGGUUUACAUUAACGACUGCGUCGACGACCUGGGAUGCAGCGCCAUCAUGUUUGCUGACGAUGUUAAGCUGUGGAGACCCAUCAGAUCUGAUGCAGACAGGUACACGCUUCAAGACACUCUCAACCGCCUGAGCAGUUGGUCAGUUCGCUGGCUCCUCAAUUUUAAUGUGGGCAAAUGUGUGGUCCUGAGACUCCGCACCAGACGGACCAGUGAGGAGGACGAUUCCUUUCAAUACGUCCUUGGUGGUCAGCCCCUUUCAAAUUUUGUGGAACAGAAAGACCUGGGAGUCCUAAUGACCUCCUCGCUGAAACCAUCUUCACAGUGUCAAAGGGCAGCCAAAAGUGCGAUAAGGGUGUUAUUUGCGCUGAGGCGAGGAUUUGUGCAGAUCGACAAGGAACUGUUCGGAAAAACCUAUGGGGCAUUCGUCCGGUCUCACUUAGAGUAUGCGGUCCAGGCCUGGCGACCGUGGUUGAAGAAAGUUUAUCAACGACUGGAAAGAGUACAGGCGAUGGCUACGAAGAUGGUCAAGAAUCUUCAUCAUUUACCUUACGAAACCAGGCUGACCGAACUAAAUCUGUUUCCUCUAAAUUACAGGCAACUGCGAAGCGAUCUCAUUCAAACCUACAGGAUUGUCAGAAGCCGUGAGUGUGCCCUAGACUUUGAUGAAUUUUUCGAAUUGGCCCGGACUGACUGUCUGCGUGGUCAUCCCUUCAAACUGCAGAGGAAGCGGGCUCAUUCGGACGUCCGACGGAACGCCUUCUCUCACAGGGUCAUCGGGGCAUGGAAUGGACUCCCUGAUGCCGUCGUUCUUUCCGAAAGUGUCAACUCCUUUAAGUGCAGACUAGACGCUCACUUGUUGGGAACCUACUGUACAUACAAUAAUGAUUGUUUUAGCGGCGGCAGUUUGCGCCUAGCUCACACUUACCGCUAACUUCUUAACUUUUCGCAUUUGCUGAUGUAAUUGAUGACUUUAUUUCUGUUUAUCGAUAUGAAUAGGGAGCUCAAGGGCGAAAGCCUCAUUCCCUUAAUAAACUGACUUAAACUGACUUAAACACGAAAAUAUGAGCUAGUAUCAUAAGAAAGUUGUUCUUAACCCCAGGCCCUUUUGGUAAACUUUACCAUUUCGCUUGUGCCUCUGGAAUGCAGAGGUAUCAUCUCACCAGAAUAUAAUAAUGUUUUCAUUUGAUUCAAACAGACAAUUUGGAAGGCAAUGAGGACUGUGGCACAUAAAAUAUUAGAUGGUCAACACAGUGGCAACAUAAAAAAACAAUGGUCAGCAAAACAAGUAUUAUCGACCACUACGCCAGAAGCGCUUACAUCGUGUUUAUUGAUAAAAUGCUUGCGUCUAUAUUCUGCGACUUGCAGUAGUCUCUAUUGUUUUGGACUUGUACUGGAGCACAAUUCCUAAUUAGUCUUAAUUCACCUUUGAAACACUUUUGAUAAUAGCAGUGAUCCACAUGAUGACUUUUUCUCAAAUGCUUAUUACAUUCCUAGAUCAGUCUUCGUUAAGCCUAUGACAUAGAUUUAAAUCCACCUAGGAAUUUUAAGGAAAAAGAACAUUAGAAUAUUCUGGCGAUGGGAUAGUCCUAAUCGUCUCUUCUAAUCUGGACGGCAGACUUGAUAUAUCAUCCAACAAAGAGAUGAGGAAAUUCCAACGUCAGAGCCAUUUAUUUAGGUUUAAAGUACUUGUUUGAUAAAAGGAGAGGCCGAAGGGAGAUUAGCUCCGGUUUUCCGCUUAACAAGUCUGCCUUGGAAAUUAAUCUUGUUAAGUUACAUACCUAUUGCUUUGACGAGGUAAAGUGCGUCAAACUUGAAAACCUUACAUAUUCUCGGUAAGGCCUUUCCUAUCUUCGUGGUUCAGGGUGGAUGUUCUAUCGGUCUCAUCUCUCUUUCCAUAAUCUGUCAGUAAAAAUCAACAUCUACUAUUUAGUCUUUCAAAUUUCAAAAUUAUGGUGCUGUUUGAAUCAUUUUUGGGUUGCUCACCGCGAAAACUGUUUGCAAGGACAUAUUCAUUACAAGAUCUUCUUUCCCUUCAUUCAGAACAUGUACUCUAGGUUAAAAACUUUAAAGGUUUUUUGCCUCUAAUCUGUCUUCCUGUUCUACUGAGUACUAUUAGCUAUGUGGCAGACAAUUGAACAGAUUACCCGUUUAUUUAUUGUUGUUGGAAUUACUCAGCACAAUUCCAUCCAGGGCUUUGGCACUCCGACAUUACCUGCCCCAUUGUCUUUGUUUUUGUCAACAUUUAAUGUUUUGACGUCAUUUUACCAGUUUAAAAACCGUUCUGCUUCGCCGUUUUUUGUCAGCAAGGCAAUGGUUUUCCAACUGGUGGUUAACCACCGUACAAUCCAAACCGCAUCGUUCACUGUUGCACAGUUCAUCCUUAAAAACUCAGGAUUUGUUUAGGCCUUCUUUAUUGUUAUCAUUACAAAAUAUGUGUCCUAACUUCUUAGUAACGCCGAUUCAUUAUGGCAUGGCAACUUGGUCGCGUAGACAUUUGCUUUGCUCAUCCUGGACUAUUUCGCCUCGACGUAGAGAGCAUGAGUUCUGCGUAUUUCUCCUGUAAACCUGCUCUGAAAUAUAAAAGCUCCCUGUUGUGUUCUCAUCCAUCUUUAUUGGCAUUUUCUUCUUUGCCUUAAAUUAGACAGGGCUUAAUGCUGUUCUGUCUUCAUUCAGUUUUCAAAAGCUUAUACUUUGGCCCGAGAGCAUCCUCCAAAUCGUGACCUAAUCGGUUCAGAAGCAUCGAAUAUAUGCCUGACACUAAGGCCUGCAAAAUUUAGUGAAAUGUUUUGGGUAAUCCGAAGGUUAAUUUUAAGCCUACCAAUCCAGAACAACAGAUGUCAUCGCGCUUCGGCCGAUGCUAGUCUUCUGAUGUGUCCUUACAGAGGAUUGGGUUAUUUGACGCCCUGCUGUUAGUGUGCGGUUUGCUACGUACUGCUGCAACCCCUGACAGCCUUUUAAUGGUCACUACUUUAGGCGUUAGUUGUUCAUCUUCUACGGGUGCUUUGUUACCCCACUCCCUCUUCCCGAUUUCAGAUGCUUUGUAUUUCCGUUUCAUGCCGACUGCUGCAUAUCGCGCUUAUUUUAGCCCAUUUCGAGGUUUGCCUCACGGCAUCUCCGUUAUCAUCUCCUUGAUAGCAAUAUGCUGGUCGAAGAAGAGUUUUCUUGCUCCGAUGAUGCUUUUGAAGGAGAAGAACACGACGAAGACCUGGAUAUAAUGCCAGAAGCCUAUCGUCAACAAGUUAUCUUGUACAGGAACUUCGGGACCCUAAGCACACGCCCUAGCAUGACCAAACAAAAAGUUCGUACCUGUUAUUAAAUGUUAUUUAAAAUAGUCCCGCAGACGCCGCUGGACUCAGCGCGACAUGACGAACGCUUACAAUGCUGUAAAGUACCAAGGUAUGUCUCUUCGUGGUGCCGCAACCGCCUUCAAUGUCCCUGAAUCAACUCUUCGUGACCGAGUGCAUGGACGCGUCAGCCUCGAGUGUUCGCGACCAGGUCCACCCACGUUUUUCACCUUUGAAGAGGAGAAAAAGAUGGUCGAUCACAUUCUGUUCAUGAGCAAAAUUGGAUAUCCGUACACACGGAACCAGGUGUGCAUUGGGUUCAUGUUUUGCAUUCUCAGUAUUUUCCUUUCGAAUUCGACAGCAGUCAGUACAAGCAAUUUAGUAGAGACAGCGUGGCAAAUUGGCAUAUUUUUAUCCUGUCGAUUUUAGGAGGUAGCUAGCCUAGCAUACGACAUUGUUGCAUUCGUAUGCCUGACCCAGGAUUUCCUUCUGAUUGAUACUCCGAAUGCAAACUGCAACUUAAUCUCUGUGCAUUUUAUUGGAUAGUCGUUCCAGUCCACGAUUGUUCGAAUUAUACCUUUUCCCACGCUAACGACCGACCCUAAUAUCACGUCUAUUUAACAACAACCGUUGGGGUUUAUUUAAAGUUUUCGAGUAAAAGCAUGACAUUAAAAUGUGAGCAUAUUUGACACCGCGGGGACCCACAAGCACCGGUGCCAUAGCCCUGGAGACCCAGAUAUAAUCUAUGGGUCCAUUUUAUGUGUGAGGAAAAUUUCAGAAUUACAAGGAAACGAAAUGUUUUUCUGCUGUCAGGCUACAGAAGACUCACUAAGGUACUGUGUGAAAACUUAUCUUGCAAUGACCGGUCUUACUUGAACGACCUAGACUUGCUAAAUCGAACUGAUACGCCACACCAACAACAACUUAGAGAGUCACCCUACGGGCCGAAUCGCUGCCUGAAAAACAGGAGAAGCCUUGUCAGCAACUAUGCAGCUCUGCAACCAUUACCAAGUCACAAUGAACUGAGCCACGAGUAUUAACAACAUGAACAGAGACUAAUGACAACUAAAAGUUUGAUAACAAGAGGCGCGCUUUCCCACUUUUCCUCCUCAUGUCGCUCUCUUUGCUUUUGCCUACAUUCAUAGCGUAGUAUUGGCAUCGCAGGCGACACUUUCAUUUGCAAGAUGUGACUAUCAUCCGCAAGCAGUUCCAGAACAGUCCUUCACCACAAUUGGUCAGGGAAGGGUGGAGUCGCUCGACUUUGUUCUCUGGAAUACAGAUUUCUGAGUUUACUGACACUUCCAUGCCGUAUUUUAUCAGUUGCAUCUGCCUACCGCCUCCUGGUUUAACGUUCAAUGAUGGCUUAAGUCACUAAAAUUCUGUCUCAGGUUCAUGGCUGUUUGGUUUUACUCACUUGUCCUGUGCAAUCCUGUGAUGCUCGGCCGAAUGGGCGACCUUGGAAUCCAACGAAUGAAUUUAGUAUAAUUGCUCAGCUCUGAAGUUCUUCCUGGUCUUUAUGUUUGUUCCCAUUACUUGCUCUGGUAGUAUUUACGAUCUUUUUAAGUGACUAAAUGCCUAUUUUUCAAGAUGCUUUGUUUCCAAUGCAUCUAGUGAAGCUCCUUAGCGAGGCGCACUUCCUAUUUUCUCAAUCUUAUUCUGUUCCUUCUUUUGUAACUUAAGGUUGUGGAGUUGGCUGGUGAUAUGACAAAAGCAGUCGGUCGAAUCGCACCUUUCAAAUACUUGAACCCAAGUCAGGCAUGGUUUUACGCCUUCCUAAAUCGGUGGCCCGAUUUGAAGAAUUUCUUGUUUGGACCCCGAAGCAAUUGGAAAUCGAAGGGCGUUUCUGGGGAUGCAAUUCAAGCCUAUUUCGAGCAGCUUGACAAGGUAAAUAAUCCACAUUAUGCUGCAUGUUUGUCAAAACGUUUUAUCACCCCAAUGAAAAACGUGCCGAUAAUGGUAAAUCUCUUACUACGUGCAAAUGUACUUUACCUGCUAAUCAAAGUAGCAAUGUUAUUUUAUUAUAUUUUCCGUGUCGUCCUCCGGGUCAACCUUUUUACACUUAUCUGCUUCCUACCGAUCCCUUUUCGACUCCCGCACCGCACAACUUAAUAUCUCCACGCUACUUUCGUUUGUUUCUGUUUUACUUUACCUGGCGCUCCCCUUGCCGAUUAAAAGUUACUGUUACUGUGCACCUACUAUUGCUUUUUUGAUUUAAACGAGCAGCUAGCGAAUCCAAAAUUGACUGGCUAGGACAGCUCCUUCUCCUACACAAUGUAACACUCGCAUCGAUAGACUGUUGAAAGUUCUGCUGCGUCCUUUUUGUGAAUCACAUUGCUUUGCGGUCCGUCCUUUAAAAGUCCGACCAGGCCACAAUAUUCCUGCUCCAAACCCGCUGCCUAUGCUUACCAUAGGUUGGAUUUUUUAUUUUGUUUGGGCCAAGGCAACCAAAUUACGAAGGAGACUGUAUGAAAAGAUAUUUUUAUUGAAAUUAGUUUAACAAGAGUUAGCUAACGCUAGAGCUGGCCUUUAGUACUCUUAUCGAAAUUGCCCCAAUUUCAGGUCCUCACGAAGUAUGGAAUCAAGGACAAGCCUGAGCAUAUGUGGAUUGUCGAUGAAGUUAGUAUAAGUUGUGAAAAUCAACCACCCCGCAUUCUUCCCAUUGGAAUUCAGCGUUCUCAGUCGGCAAGCUACUGGAAUCCUACUGUGGCGAUGAUUGGUGCGGCAAGCGCGGCAGGCGAGAAGAUUCCCCCAUUUCUCAUAUAUAGGGGCGAAUCCAUAACAAGUAAACUUUUUAGUACUUCUUUUUAUUACCCAUAACUCUUUAACGUCUGUCUUCCAUUCAACAAGAGCCUUUUCUGAACUGGGAAAAUACAACUGCCGUCUUUCCGUUAAUAAUGCUCUGUUGAUUAGGCGUGUCCUCAUCCUAACCUCUUGGCUUGCCUUAGUUCUCCGUACCUGAUCUUGCAUAACAUCUAAUCAGUUAAAGGCCUGUCUCGUCUGUUCGACCAUCCAUAGGUCAUGUCCCUAGCAUAUCUAGCAGAGAACCACAUGUUCUGACGUUAAUACCAGUAGGAAUUAUCAACAUUUUCCGAAUUCUCAAUUUUAAAAUCGGGAAGUGUUGCUUUGUCUCCAUCUUGAACUUAAAUGGGGGCCAGUUGUGCACUUUAUCAAGGAAUCUUCUAAUUGAAUUGCUUUUACGUUUCCCUUAAUGCCUCGUUAGUGCUGUCCAAUGUAUCCCCCUAUCAUUUGCCUGCGCUUUUCCUGCAUCCUUUUCAUCGGAUUUAAAGAGCUUAAACGUGACUCUAUAAAGGCAUUUGUGCAGAGGGGUAGUUUGGCUCUAGUUUCGUUCGGGACCGACUGAUGGGUCUUAAGUAAUGCUCGUUUAAUCGCAUGACUCUCAUUUUCGUUUAAGGUGCAUACCCCUUAGCUCACUCAGAUGCAUUAGGUCCGUGACCUAUCCUUGACUACGCUACCCAUACCAAAGCCGUUAUCUUCGUCUGUAGGCCGCAAAAUAUCGAUUCAAGAAGUCUUAGGAUGCCGUUGGUCCCAACGGUUUUGUCAUAAACCCAAUUGGAAGUUUCAUGGAGACACUGGAAUUAUUGGUCUACAUCGUAUCCAUUAAGGCCUACUCAACGACGCUGUGCCUUUUUACUUGUCGGGCACCCACCCUGCAUAUUUAUGAUAAGAUUUAGGCUGGCCAUGCCUACGUCGCCCAUGUUUCCUUAGUCCGGGAUUGUCUCAGUCAAAUAGGUUUGGGUUGGCGAAAUUAGAAUAAUCUGUUUACUGAGCAUUUAUACCGUUGUUCGGACAAUCAGGAGUGCUUGCACUCCAUAUUGUCAGGCCUUUUGACGCGCGCCACUGUGCAUAUAUAUGGAGACGCAAUUUUUGAUCCGCACCGCACUUGUUAGUAACACACAAGACUGCUUGAUCCUACUUAAAUUGGAAUGGGAUGCUGUGCCGGUGUUCGCUGUGCUAUGUCUUACUUUGGUGUUUGUCUCAACAUCUCUUUCCGACUUAUAGGGUUGCAUGUUUAUUGCCCUCGUGGCCUUAGUUAUAGAGUUAUUUUCCAUUAGCUGGGCCGUUCUGCUCGCACAUACGACCACGCACCAAUGCCUACCGUCAAAAACGCAUGAUUUUCUUUCGUUUCGCUUUGUUGAUUAUCAUAAGCUUCAGUCAAAGAUAGUCUGAGGGAGGGACAGGGGCAACAGUGCACUCUGGAAGUUGACGGUAUUUUCAAAGUAGCGAGCAUAGAUUUGAACCCUGAAUGUGGCGUUGAAAGCCCAAAAUCCCACGAAAUAAUUGUUUCUUUUGUACUCCAGCAAAAAUGAUGGAGGGAGCUGUGCGGGGCACCAAAUUUGCCAAUUCCCCCUCUGCUUGGGUGAAUUCAGACGCAUUCAUUCAAUGGUUUUUGAAACACUUCCGACCAAUCGUCUCUAAGAGACCUCUCAUACUGCUCUACGAUGGACAUCUACAGUUCGUCAGUGUCCGGGUCCUGGAGCGUGCACGGGAAGAUGGCGUACUUCUCUUCCCCUUACCACCUCACCCAGCCUACAACCAUUGCGUGGAAAAUACCUGUUUUGUCGCAUUUCAGGCAAGUUUUCGUCUCACUUUACGUUCUCGCUCGUUUCCAGAUGUACGUUUCCUCUUACUUUACUAUUCUGUCCUUUUAGCACUGCUUCGAAAAACGUCAAGAUCGGUUUUUCGAGAAGCACAGCGAUCAACCCCUGGUGAAACUCAACGUAGCUCCUGUCCUUACUCACGCAUAUGAGAGGGCGUUGAAUUCCGCCAAUAUGGUUGCUCUCUUCGAGAAGCUCGGCGUGUGCCCAUUCAACAAUCUGGCCACCUCCAUUGGCACCUACCUCCACAUAGUAAGUUAGAUAUUACCACUGACCACUCAACUUUGUGUGUGAACUUGGAAAAUUAACUUCGGUCGGAUACGUGAAUAUGGACUCCCCUCUCCCAGUACUGACAGUUUGACCGUUGUGCCCGACGAUGUCCACCGUGCACUCCACAACAAGGUUAAGCAGGCACAGUGACUUGCUCGUGAAUUGGUCUAUAGUGAGGGUAGACUUGUGAGGUAUCUACCGCACUCUCCGCCCUAUCUUGUCCCGGUUUCAAGAAACAGUAAAGAAGACCGAAGGCAGGAGAAGGAGCAGAUGACUGGCGCGGCCGAACCCGCAUCUAGGCUUACCACCACAUCCUCUGGUCCACAAAAAAACACUUGACCAGGAUUUUUGACCAACAACAACACCCCAACAGGGGGUCAGAAGGACGAGGAAGACUGGGCAGCCAUGCCGGCGACCUAUAUAUCCAGGGGGAGCGCAAGCGCAUCUACCGACAGGGGAACCAGGUGCCAGAGACCUGUCAGCGCACACCAGGCUGCGCGGGCCAUAGUUUGCGCUCACAAUUCCUGAGACCCAGAAGGGUGACACGCAGUCCUGCCCUGAGCCUGGGACAAUAUCCUUCGGAGGCGGGGUAAUCAGUCAGUCAUCGACUGAGAGACGCUACCCCUAUGAACACACAUCACACAUUUUUGAGGGUGCCAGAGGUUACGUUACGGAGCAGCCGUGGCAGCCUAAUUCUUAGCCCACCAGUCCGUUACUCCACACAAACACAACUGGGCUGGCCGCGUGGACUGAGUGGAGGCGUAAGUCGGCAGCCUUCCUAGCCACGGCGUUUGGCACACCGUAAUAGUCUCAGACUCGGAUCACACGCGCAGCAGAGGAGCCACGCGGAGAAGGAGCCGAGAAGCACACUUCCCACUUGCGUGGGAAGGGGCAAUUGAGUUCUUGUGUUGUGUGGUGAUGGGUGAUGUUGUAUGGUGCAGGUGCUGGUGAGGGAAGGUGUGAUGGUGUGGUAUAGUCGGUGGUUGUCUACCGCAGGUUUUCACGAAUGCGCAUUUGGCCUAAUAGGCCCAUGCGGUGGCUGUAUGUGCGGAAGCAGUUAGGGCGGUCGCCCCAUUGGUAGGGGAGUGCGUGAUGUGGUGGUGGUCGUCGACGCAGCAGUUGGGGCAGGGCGGAUAGUGUCGGUGAUUGAUAUCGGCGGGACAGCUGCAGUGUGAUCGGCGGUGGCGGGGGUGGCGUUCGGCGCGGGAUUUGCAACUGGGACGAGAGUUGUGGAAGUAGACGUCGGGUUGUUGGCACAUUACGUCCGAAUGUGUCCGACGGGACCAAUUCGCAGCGCGGGCAUGUUGAAAGUGGUUGACGAUCGGCAUUGAGGAAGCGAGGCACUUGUGACUACAGUACUACAGGUGCCCUCGCACUAAGUCCCAUGCGGUUUCUAUUCCCGCGUUCUGAAUUUAGCCUUAAACAUCCUAGCCCCAGCAAUAGCCUUCAAACCCAACCCCAACUCCUACUCCCCUGGAAUUUAAGGCAAAACCACCUCUUAUGUGGGGGGGGGGGCAUAUUCUCUUGCCCAACGGCAACUUUGUCCAAUAAAAAUUAGAUCAAGUGAUACAUUCUUAAGUUCAUUCUCUCCGAAUUCGGUACUUUGCUCUGCGCUUGCGUUAAUGAUUGCACAUUCUCUCCCGUAAUUAAAACAAAAUUAGUUAUCAAACGAAAAUAAGCCUUGUCCACUCUUCUUUUUCUAUUAUCACUGCUAACGCUCAGAGGACUUAAAACCAGUGACUGUAGACACCCUAGGUCAUAUUAGUUCUACGUUUGGUGUUUCGUUGCUACUGAUUAUUUGGCUAAUGGGCUUGUCAGGUAUCUCCAUUUUUCAUUAAUUCAGGCUGACGACUACGAUUCAGUGAAUCCCGAUUCAGAUCCUGAUGGUUUCCCUGACCAAUGCAGCGGCGGUGGCGUCAAUCCGCAAUGGCCCGUUUCUAACAUGAACGCUCUCGUCGAGCCUGACAGUGCGGUUUUCUCCAUGCAGAAUUACUGUACUCAGAGCCAUCCGUCAUCGUACGCUCCCACUGGUAUCUUUUCGAAUUCCAGACUGGGGCAAGCCGCUCCUCAGGUCAUGCUUUCUUCGGGUUCUAGUCUCUUGAAUCGAGAUGGUGAGCUUCUUUCUUAUUUUGCCUCUUCUAUGUUUACUUUUUGUUACUGCUUCGAAUCAAUUUAAACCGCAGAGUCACCUGUGGGUCUUCUAUGUUAUUGUACAGAGUAAAUGCAUGUUAUACUGACUUCUUGUCCUCGGAGUGCAUUUAAAAGCAAGCUACGUCGUUCACUGAACCAUACUUGAGGGUCCCUAUAUUCAGCCUUAAAGCUUCGGGCUAACUCGAACUGUUCCUGAUGUAGUUGCUAGCCAUUACUCAAAUCACCUUCGACGUGCUCUUUCAUCGCUUUGUGGGGCAUUUUGGGUAUGCAGUUUUACUCAUCUGCUGUCCUACAAGUGAGGAUAGAGCUCUAAACGGGAACGGACAUUUGUAUUGUACGCUUUGCCUUCAAUUUGAUUUUCCGCGAAGAGUUGUGGUCAGCGAUCCACGUCCUCCUUGUCUUUUUCCGUAGUACUUCCAGAUCAUUAAUUGUUUCCCAUUGUGCAGCCGCUUGCGAGGGCUUCAGACCUGAUUUUCAAGGCAGAACGGAAAAUUAAAUCUCUGUCCUGCCAUCAGGAUAGAUCGGCAAACGCAACCUCCUUUGGACUUUGUAUGCUCCCAUCCUCUCCUGUGCCUCAAUUGCAAAGCGUUAGACUUAAAAAGGUUCUGCUUCGAGCUCCUGAUGUUCCUGAACAUUGUCUCUAUGUACAGUACUUAAUGGUCAUUCUUGAGUUUGCCGUAGCCGGAAACAACAAUUAACUUGACCUGCUGAACGCUUUAUUGAGCUUCAUAACAAUUUUCGUCGAGCAUUGCGGUUUGGAACCAUCGAUUGCUUUAUCUGCAUUCCGUCCUGUCUGCAUUCACUUUCCGUCUUUACCAGCUCCUCUGCCUUAUUUGCAGCAAGAACGCACGAAGGGUGUUAGUCACGUCCACUGCCGACAAUGUCACUUAGGAGCGUCUCUCCGUCUUCGAGGAAUCCACAUUAUGCCUUAUUUGGUAUCCGCCAGUGGAAACGCCUGAAUGUCGUUGAAACAUGCAGUCGAAAAAGUGGAAUGCCUCUCGAGCACUUACUCAGGAGUCCGUCACGAUAGUGACACUUUUAGGCAGUAUGAACGCUUUAAAUUUGCGCUUCGUUUCAAAAGAGUUAGCGUAGGUUGCACGAUAUACCGUACCUGACGGCACAGGUACUAGCUAAAAUCCCAGACACGUGCUUCGCCGACAUUUGUCCAGCCCUUGGUCUCUUGUCAGCAGAGUAGUUAGUAAUCGACUUCCCCCAGUCCUUAAACUCUUAUUUUUCGUCAAUUAAAAGAGAAUCAGCGAUUCGUCAAAAGGUUUGAGUCCCUGUCACCUCAGCCAAAUCAGCGUCUUCACUCAACAUCCAUCAAGACAGAGGGCCAACCAACCCAGCAGUUCUCUCUUCCGCCGAGGUCUGGUGCCAACGGUCCGUGUUUAUCAAUUCGCCUACAGGGACCCGGGGCCGCCCUAAUUCGCCCAGUGAUUGGAAAAUUGGAGCCGACCACAGAAGCGUUGACUCAUCGGACGACUACUACCUGCAAUUCCACUCUUUCACAUCUCCCAGUAACUUCCCUCGCGCCAUCCGUCCAGGUGAGCACAGCUGUCAAUUUGCCGACAAUAUCACCUAAUAAUUGUCGCAGUGAGUUGAAGUUUUGAUCGUUAUGAGCGUCCCUUAUUGGCCAACACAUCGCGUGUGUACGCACUCUCUGUUUGCAUCUUGUGUUAAGUGUUGAUCACGUUUUAUUUUUGUCUCAGACGCCUAUCAAUGAAACAAAGUUGGACACUGUAGAAACGGGAGAUUUACAACCAAUUGUGUCCGUCCAGACACCCAACAAUAUCGUUAGUGAUUCCUCCACCGUGCAGUGCUAUUCUACGGACUCUGGAUUGCCAGCAUCAAUUGACGAUAUUCCCAACUGUCCUAUGGUGAGGCAUAUGGUGCUUGAUGAUGGCGAGAUGAUAGAGGGCCAUUUUAUGGACCCAGAAGCUACCGCCGAGAUCGUUGACGAUAUUGAGGAGGGUGAUGCUCCUGGUGUGUGCGCUGUCUGCGGUCAGAUGGAACCACCAGGCUUUGCUAGUCAACAAUUAUCGGGCAGUACAGAUGAUUGCCAGGUACACUUGCUAUCCAUAAUCUCACUUUAAUAAUAAAGGCUGACUAUGCCUUGCGCCAUUCAUGAAAUUUAGUUUUCAUCUUCAUGCCUUGCGUCUAUUUUCCAUUCCCUAGGUUGUCGACUGGGCUUACUGUGACUACUGCAAUCGAUGGGUUCAUCUGAACAACCAAUGCAGCCGAGAUGCUGUUAUUGGAGACAAUGCUUUCAUGUGCGCACUAUGCCACUACGACAGUGAGGACAAAGGUCAAACUUUAGGAUCUGGAGAAAUUGCGUGUUCUCUGGCCGAUUCUUUCGUUCCUGUCUACUCCGCGACCUGA